AUGGCGCAAGAUAUAGCGGUAGAGCUGGACGAGGAUGAACUUAUUGCCCUUUACUUCGAUAUAGACCGAGCGAGUUGCCCUUCCGACAUAGAUUCUAGUAACGGUUCGCCGGAAAAUCCAAAUCCAAAUGAUACCUUUGAUCAGGACAUAGUAAGUUUUACACCGAAUUAUAACCAUGAAGAGCGUGAACACAUAUCAGAGCCAGGGCCGAAUAUGGGACGUAAAAACUUCUCAGGUGGCCGCGGCUGCUAUGCGUGGCAGGGAAGCCCGUACGUGAUGAUGGGUUCAGAAGGGCCACCAUUCACGGAAAUUCUUGAUACUUUUGGUAUCAGGUGGGAAGAUUGGUUCAAGAUGCAGGGAAAUACUGGGUAUAUUGAGAAUGAGUACCGCUUUCCAAGCGAGUAUGCUGGGAUUGACUGGGCAGCAUUGAUCCGAGAAUGUUAUGAGCUACCACGUUAG